GAGCAGCGACCCUAUCCCUGAUCCACUACUUCCUCGAUGUGUGGCUUUCAUACAAGAAUUCCCCGAAUUCCUCCGAACAGUUGCUCACUGCGCAAGAAAAACCGAACUGGCUCUUUGGUCAUCCUUAUUUGCUGUUACGGGCUCUCCUAAUGACCUUUUCGAGGUGUGCCUUCGUGAUGGUCAACUUCACACUGCAGCUAGCUACCUCAUUGUACUGCAAAGCAUUGAAAAUACGCAAACAAGCCAGGAGCAAGCUCUUCGCCUUCUUCGAGAAGCAUUAUCUGCGGGAGAAUGGAGUAUUGCGAAAGACAUGGUGCGAUUCACUCGUGCCAUUGGGUCGGAGGAUAUGGAUAGCCCUGCAAGGACACCUCCUCCGAUGAGGACAUCGUCCUCUCGUCGUCAUGCUACCUCAAUAAAUAGCGUCACCGAAGCCGACGACUUAGUUUUCGCUCGUUUCCAGGCUGGUGCCAGAAUAGCGAAGGUCCGCCAUUCGCAUGCUGAAACUCGAGAGCUGAAUCGUAAGGACUCGGCGGGAAGUGGGAAACGGGUGAAUAGGCAUGCUUCCAAUGAUAUUGGACCGCCAUCUCCAACUCAACUUAAUCCCGUUGCCGAAAAAAUGGGCGCAAUUUUGGAAAGUCAUGCUGUUCACUUACUGGAGGAGUACUGCAUCAGAGAUUUUGGAUACUUUGUCUCCGCUCUUGAACUCGACACAUCCCGCAUACUUGUUUCCUCUCGAAAAUUUGUACAUAAUUUCCCGAACGCACUCACACGACUUCACUCUCAGUUUGCUUGGCCUUAUCCAGUCGCCAGUAAAAAAGUGGUCGACCAGCUGGAGAAAAUGUUCGGUUCUAUGCGAUGUAGCCAAAGUGCAGCGUGCUUGAAUGGCAGCAAUAAUGCCCCACCCGGAUCAGUAUUGGGGUCGCCUUGUAGUAGCACAAUUGACAACAUCGACUCGAGGAGUAUAGGAAGUGAUUGGCACGGCUUGAAGUUGCUUGUGGGGGAAACAUCCAAUAAAGGGUCAGCGGAAAGCCUAGCACAAAUGUCGCAUCUGAUGUCUUGGUUCUCUACUGCUGGUUGUCUGGAUUGGAUGUUCCUAAUUUGCGUCGUCUCUCGAGAUAUUGUUCAACUACGGCGCGAGAUUAAUCCAGAAUCGGCCCAGAAGGCCGGUGUGGAUGCUUUCAAGCAUACAAUGUUUGGAUGCGACGAUCUUCUUGAGUGGGCGAGACAGAAUUGUUUGGGGUACGUAUCCAUUCUUCAUGUUUUUGCUGCACAUUUGGACAUCGUCGCCGAAGCUGUUGGUUUACCUCGUCAGGGAGCGAUGAAGAAGCCUUCGCACGGAAUAGCGGCCAAUUCCUCUGAAAAAGUUGCACCAUUCAACUUGCAAAAUCCACCAUCCGGUAGAAUGGCUCGCUCCUCGCGUGCAUCGGUCAGCAAUCCCAAGUUGCAAGAAUCCUUUGGGCUACCAGGCAAGCGAGGCAGAGAGCGAAGUCGUUCCGUCGAUCGUGGCAGCAGAGUAUGUUGUGGGAUCCACCGAACAAGACAAUUCUUGUACAAUUACGUAGUUAUAGUUAAGUGCCAAUGUUUUUUUUUUCUUGCAAAGCCAUUAACUGUGAUUUAA